AGCUGUUUUGACAAAAACGAAACUGUCCCAACUUUUGACAGGAAGACUUCUCGUGCCUCGUCUUUGAAACCAUCUGCGAGGCAGCGCGCGUGUGUGUGUGUGUGUGCGUGCGCGUCCGUCUAACCAACAUGCAGAGCGGCGCGUACGGGGCCUCGCUGGCCGGCGGCGCGUUUGAUUUACACGGUUUCGUAAAACAGCCUCAAACCAUUUUGCGCUGCCUGAGCUGGGUAUUCUCCAUUGUGGUCUUUGCAACCAUCACAGCAGAAGGCUACACCAACCCAACAACCACUCAAGAAAUCAACUGCAUGUUCAACAACAACAGCAGCGCCUGCAGCUACGGGGUCGGAAUUGGAGUCCUGGCCUUCUUGGCUUGCGUUGUCUUCCUCAUACUGGAUGGCUACUUCCCGCAGAUCAGCAAUGCCAAAGAGAGAAAAUGUAUCGUCAUAGGAGAUUUGAUCUUCUCAGGAGCUUGGACGUUCCUGUGGUUCGUCUGCUUCUGCCUCCUGGCCAGCCAGUGGUCCAAAACCCCGGACGCGGCUGCUGUCCCUGGUGACGCUGCCCGAGCCGUUGUGUCCUUCUCCUUCUUCUCGGUCAUAACUUGGGGUCUGUUAUUCUACUUUGCGUUUGGAAGGUAUCGCAAAGGCGUCGGUGACUUGGACCAAGAGUACAGAGACCCAGCCAACGACCACAGCACUCCGUACCCGGCCGCGCCGUACGCCAGCGGCCCCGCAGGCUACCAGCAGUCGCCUUUCCCUCAAAACCAGGAGCAGCCAGGAGAGUACCAGCCUCCGCCAGCUUAUUGAAGUCCAACGGGGGAGUUUGCUUUUUAAAUAAACGUGUGCUAACGAUUUAAUUUACAACUCUGUUCUCUGCACUCCGAUUUACUUCCUGCUGAACGUGUUUGCAUACGUGUGUGACGGCUGUUUGCUGAGUUGUUGCCACACAGAUCGGAUGAACUGUUGUCUUUGUACCAAACCAACUAAAGUUAUUUUUAUGCCCCUUUUUUGUUUAGCUUAUGAGUGCAAGCUGUUAAUAUCAAAGCACCAAUCGACAACAUAUUCACUGAGUUGACAAGUAAUAUGCUUUGUAUUUUGGAACAUGUUACUGUUAAGUACAUGCAAGUACUUUUGACUGUCAGAUUCAUACACGGCAGUUCAACCACAAUCAUUUUGUGAUGCAGUUCAGUAAAUAACUUAAUUUUGACAAAUCUAUGUUAUUUAAUCAAUGGGUGCGUUGAAAAAAGAGCCCUCUAUAACUACUGUAAUGCCAUGUUUCUGUUCCUUUUCCUAAUAAUCAACCACUGAAAAGCCCAGUUAAUUUAUUUAGGGCAGUUAACUGAUUUAUUUUUAUUUUUUUUAAUCGAUUCUGCCACAGUUAUUAUUAGUAUUGGUAUUUAAGUGUGUUUUUUUUGUUUUUAUUUUAAGGUAGCCAAACCAUUAAUUUAUAUCCGCUACCUCCUAGGAGUUAAAAUGUGCCUUCCUUGAGUUCACUUGCAGUUCUUUUUAAAUAUCUAAUUCAGCAAAUGUUUCAGCCACAAUUUGGUUUUCAGGAAUUCAGAGACGCUGUGGUAAAUUUAUAUAUUUAUUUUUCUUUCUUAAUCCUUUAGUCCAGGUACAUGACAAUCAAACCAAUUUCUUUUUUUCUACAUGACUUCACGCUUUUGCUUUGUAGUUGUACCUUUUGUACCUGUUGCCGUUUCACUGCUCGGUGGCUUUGCAUACAGUAUUCUGUAUCACACAGGGGGGGGGUUUGCCAAAUAAAAACUGUUCUUGGUUUGGAA